AUGGGUCGAAAAGCAAAAUCACAAGUCCAGAAGGUCGAUUACAAUGCUAUCGCCAAGCGGACAGAGUACAAAAAACUGGAAAGCGAUAAAAAGUCUUCAACUAGAGCGAGGGUCCAAGCGAUGAAGCAUCUCUUCAUUGAGUUCUGUGAGGAACAGCUCAAUCCACCAGACUGGGGACAUUGGCUUAACAGCGGAUUCAACUUCAAUACUAUUGAAGCAUUUAUCAGGUGGUAUAUGAACACACAUGAGAUUAUCCAAUUGGCGGCAGCUCAAACUGUCGUCAAGUAUUUCAUAAUGUUCUGUAGAGAAUAUCGGAGGGAAGAGAUCGAUUAUACUGUCAGGAAAGAUGUGAAGCUGCUCGUCGCCGGUCCGAUCCGUGUGGAUUACGACCUACAAACCGGUCGGAUUGAGCAACCGCCAUACAAUAUUGACGAUGUUAUGUACACAGUAUACCAUUUGAUUGCUUGGUGUCCAGUAAUGUUUCCUACGAUGCGAUGCAUAUUCCAACACAAUGCAACACGGAAAAUGAUGGCUUCAACAACCGCUCGACCCGGAACGCUCAUCGCGUCAGGGGAAUACCUGAUUGAAAAUGAUUCUUUGAAAUGGAAGGAUAUUGAACUCUUCAUGGUCAAAGAUCCUGAACUAUCCGGUGGCAAGGUUCUCAUCGCGAGGGUAAGACAUAGGCUCAACAAGGGUUCACGAAAUGAGGGCGCACCAUCCUGUUUCACGUACACAGAGCGGAAUGAUAACCUAGGACUUUGUGUUAUCCAGGAUAUCCUCACAUUCGCCUUUCUUGAUGACGCCUUUGAUAGCGAGUAUAUAAAAUGCCCUCGGGAUGUAUGGACGCUCACAGACAUUCCGGAUCACCGUCUUAGCACCCCGAUCGAAUUCAAGGACUCAAUCAAGGAUCUUCCUAUCUUACGGGGUGUUAUUAAGGGCAAAAACGGCUCCUAUACGACCCAUCCCUCAGCUGCUCUUCCAUAUCAUCAACUGAAUCGAUGGGAGCGAUCUGCCACUCGAUCCGCUGGCUUUAAAGAAUUAGGAACUCUUUACAAAUAUCGCAAAGGUGCAGCUGAUAAGAUUAAGCAACUUGAUGAGCACUCUCGGAAUCGUAUCAUGGGUCACCGUCAAGGGAGAACAUUUGCACAUUACGUAUCAGUCACGAAUGAUACACAAUCAUUGUUCAUGGAAACACCAGCUAGGACAACAUUGCUCAGCCUCGCCACUCAUGCAAGUAUUACACGAGAUCCUUCGGCACCGCAGGAUCUCACCGACGAACAAAAAAAGGCUAUACAUUCCAUUCCUGAAGUGCGAGAGCUCACAGAGAAGCGUGAAGAGCUCCAGGCAGAUAUCUUGAAAACACACGGUGACCUGAACCUUGCUAAAGAGUCUUGUGAUCCCCGAUUCGCUGAGUCAGCUGUUCUCUUGGCCAAGUUGAAAUGGCAGCGCCAGAAAGCGAGAGCCUCUAUGUUACAAGAAGCGCGCGUUAAUUUUUUUCGGCAGAUUGGGAAUCAAAUUAUCGAAAAAAACCGACUAGGAGAGAAGGUCUUUUAUGAACCUGAUACUUCGCGAAUCCAGCCUGAGAGGCUACAACUCGCAGAACUAGAAUUCAAAAACCGGGAUGUUGAUCAAAUUGAUCCAGAUGACUUAGCUGAAGACAGAAUUCGCUCGUUAGAAUUACGGCUACAGCUAAUUCAAAUCUACUCGCCCAUGAAAGCUUCCACAGUGAAGGCCAUUCAGCGACAAAACGAGUUGAAGGAACAGCGUGAAGAGAAACAGAAGCGCAGAGAAGUGAAGGAAGACUCUUCAGAGGUCCUUCAGUGCCCUAUAUGCCUCGGUGGAGGUGACACCAAGGCACAAAAGUAUAUAUGCUCGCAAAGAUACCUUACAAAAACAUAUCAAAACGCAUCGGCUUCAGGGGAGAUUUUCAAAUGGUCGCAAAUGUGA